GAUACAAUAAUAAAUACGUAUUCUCUUUCAGUGAUGAGCAGCCAUCUCGCGUUUCUAUUAGCCAUUUCCAACUAAGUGCUGUGCUGGGCCAAGGAGGUUUUGGAAAAGUGUAUCUGGGAAAAUACAAAGCAACAGGCAAACUGUUUGCCAUCAAGAGCUUAAAAAAGCGAGAAAUGACUUCCUCAAUUAAAUUGAACAGUGCUCUGAUGGAGAAGGAGAUUCUUCUUUUGGCCAAACAAGAGCAACAUCCGUUCCUCACUGGAUUGUUUGCCUCGUUCCAAACAGAGCAUCACGUUUGCCUCGCCAUGGAUUUAGCGGCUGGAGGCGAUUUAACAAAAGUCAUUGAUCAUCCGGAAUUCAACUAUAAAGCAGCAAUAUUUUACUCUUCGUGCAUUGUUCUGGGCUUGGAAUUCCUCCAUGAACACAACGUCAUUCAUAGAGAUUUAAAGCUUGACAAUGUCCUCUUGGAUGCAUCCGGAUAUAUAAAAAUCACAGACUUUGGCCUUUGCAAAAAAGGAAUGGGCGUUGGAGUCUUAACCACAAGCCCUGCUGGAACUCCUUAUUAUACUGCUCCAGAGAUAUUGAAACGGGAGCCCUAUGGAAGAGCAGUAGACUGGUGGUCUGUAGGAGUGAUGCUUUAUUACAUGGUGCUUCACAGGUUCCCCUUUAACGGACUGAACAUGGAGCAUCUGUUUGAAUUUAUCAAGUAUUCGAGGGCGAUUUUUCCACCGAAAGUCCCUGCUGAUUUCUCAUCCACAACAAAAGGACUUUUGGCCAAAUUCCCUGAGAAUCGCCUGGGAUUCAACGGAGCUGAAGAAGUGAAGCAAAGCCCGUUGUUCUGUAAAAUCAAUUUUGAUGGCCUCUUGAAUAAAAAAGUGACACCACCAAUCAUCCCAGCUGUCCAAAGCUCAAGCGAUAAUGACACAAACCUAAUGGUAACUCUGUAUGGGCGUAAAGCAGUUAUACCAGACUCCGUCAGUGAAGCCCUCCAGAACUUUGAUUAUUAUGUUGGCUGAAUGUGAGAAGAGACACUUGAAUAUUAAAGAAAUGCCACCCGCCCCUCAACCAGGAAUGAAGCAGCCGGCUAAAGGAAGCCUGGCAAACCAGGGACAGCAACUCCCGCAACUGUGUAUCCUAUUUGCAAUACGUCACAGAACGACUCUUCAUAGCGGUGACAUGUCCAUGGAACUUCCAACUCAAACUUCCACUGCACCCCCAAUUGGUGCUUCCUAACCAUUAAAAUACUUUUACAAUAAACUAACUGAACUACUCUUCCGACUUUGCUUGAAUCUGUAACUAAUACACAGGAGUUUGAGACUUGAUGAUUGU